GAGGAAAUCGACGGUUCGCGCCACUGGGAAUUCUUUCUUUUAUAUUUUGGAGGUUAAAAUAGUGAUUAUUUUCAAGGUUUAACGGCAGUUCAAUAUUCUCUGCGGGAAACUAAGUGAAGGAAAAUAUUUACAAUGAUUUUGAAAGGAAAUUUGCGAGCUGCUAAAGUGACUCGUUGUUGUUUAUCGUAAGCAAUAUGGCCGACAUCAAUCAGACACAACAACAACAACGGCAACAGCAGUGUGGUGAUGUAGUAGAAGUUAUUGGGGCUUUUAACCAGACUGUGCCACCCACGACCAAUGGUGAAGUGGCACCGACAGAGGUAGAAGAAGUCAGUGCAGACCUUUUGCAGCAGGCACUGGGGGUUGCUGUCAGCAGUUUCCAGCAAGAAACUGUGGAAUAUGCAGGAGUUGAUGGAGUGGUACCCAUUGGGGAAGAGAACGAUGGUGAAGUUACAGCGAUGGUCACCAGUGUGGAUGAUGCGGACAAUGAAGUGGCCACCCUGGUGGAUGAGGUACAGGCUGUAGAUGGUACAGCCUUCGAGGCUGCAGAAUAUGGGGUUUGUAUUGAUGAACCUGUUUCAGCAGAGCAGAUUGAAGAGUUGACAAACAAUGCUGAGGAGUUGUGCCAAAGUGAAAUGAUAGUGUCAGAUUCUACAGAGGGAUUAGAAGCACCAUCAGAACAGAGUGAAGUAGCAACUGUGGCAGAUAAUACACAGGUGUACAGCUUACAGACAAGUGAAUCUGGACCUGGCGAAGGCUUGCGAGUAACCCUCGUACCCUCAAAUGCUGAGAGUGGUGCCCCUUUAGGAUCUAGUCAAAACCCAAUCCGAAUUAUUCAGCAGGGAAAUCAGUAUACCCCUGUUCAACAUUUAUCAUCAGAUCAGCUGUCUCAAAUCAUGCAGGUUGUUCAACAACAACAAUUAGCAAAAACGACACAGGAUGGAGGUGGUUCAAGCACAUUGUUCAAUCCUGACACUAACACAAGAAUUGUUUAUCGUGUCAUCUACCCGUCAGAGCUACACAAAAAUGCAAGCACUGAUACGAGUACUCAGGUAACACAGAAUCAAGGACAGUCCGCAGGAAUUCUUCAGAAACGAACAUAUAAAAAACGACGUCUUGAAGAAGAUGACGAGGAUAAAGCUGACACCCCUGAACUAUCUCGUGAAGAGAAAGAGGCCCGCAAAAAGCAUCGUCCAAGAACUAGAUCGGGACGAGUGUCUAAACCCCCAAAACACAUGGUGAAAGACUAUAAACAUAUUCACCCGUUGGACUGGGACGAGGAUCCAUAUGAUGACUCAGACGGAGGAUACUCUGACUUCAAGUACAGUGAAGAUGAAAGGGCUCAAGACAAUGAGGAUAGCAAUGAUGUUGACUUUGCUGCAGGACUGAGCUUGUCGCGUCCAAAGAAGUGGAAAUGUGCUUCUUGUGAGAAGAGCUACAUUGGACGUGGAGGGUUGAGUAGACAUUAUAUGCUGAACCCAGACCAUGGUAAAGACAGCGACCUGCCAUUAGAGUCCGGGAACAUGGAUGAUGAAAAGAGAAGAGCAUCAUUAACAGACAGUUCUCAUCAGGUGUCAAAUGGACUUGGCUUCUUGGGGAAUUUCUCAGAGGACAGUAAUACUCAAGACUCUCUGACAACAUCAACUGUAAACAGCAAUAACAACAGUACUGCUCCCUCAAACUCCACACCUUCAGUACCUGCCAAACGGGGGAGGGGCUGGCCUAAGGGUUUGUCCAGGUCUGAGGCUCUAUACAGGAGCUCCUCCGUGAAAAGGAAGAGAAAGCUUAAAGAGUUUCUGAAGAUCUGUACAGAUGAGGAGCUGAUGGAACAGGUUCUGCCUCGUCUGUCAAAAGUGAUAACCCUUUGGGAGUUCCUGCUGAUGAGGGUGGAGACAGGGAACCCUGCCCGGCCACAGGUCGCAGAUGCUUACCGGGAGUUCGAGGGUCUGCAUAAAAAAGUCCAGAGCAUGUGUCAGAAGUAUUUGAGACCGGUGUCCAGCACCCAGCAGGAGAGUGACCCAGCUGCUCAACUUCAGAUUGAUGAUGCGGAUGUGGCCAAUUCCCUUGGACUAGAAGUGGGCAUGUACUGUGUGAAGACUAUAGACAAUGCUGACGAGUCAUUUCACUCUGCUUUACGCAUGCAGAAAUCUGUGGAUGUUAUGCCUAGCCCCAAACAGGGAGGACCUCCCCGAAUGGUGGAACUACCUUCACGGGACAUGACAGGCAACUCCAGAAAACACAUUGUCAUAAAUCCCCCAGCAAGUAUGUCAUCUGCAGCUCCCAAAGCACAGCUUCUCAGAGUGUCUGCUUCCCCCAUCGUAACUACCACAAUCCACCCACAAACUGGAUCACCUUCGCUAGUAAAUGGACAAAACUUGAAACCCGCUGAUGUGUCUGUCUCGAAAUCCAGAGAUUUUAGUAGUGUCUCUAGCAGUCAGACUAAUUUGUUUGUGUCUCAGUCACAAAUCGGCAAGAAAACAUCGCUACUUCAUCCACAGCAGAAGAUGAUGACAACGAAUCCUCCUGGCUUUCAAGUGAGCCUUUCAUCUUUAAGAAGUCCCCCAAUUGUGUCAUCUGUCAGCUCAUCUCCCACUCUAUCCUUCCAGGCAGCUAAACCUACUUCACCGACUCCACAGGGAACCUCUCAACUCUCCCACACACAUACGAGCACUAGCAAUCUCCCUCACGGACCAUCCACUCAAAUCACCAUCCCAGUUGUCUUACCCCAGGGUACAGAACAGAUAUCUCUGGAGCUACCCUCAAGCCUGGCGGAAUCCAUUCUGGACAAUAGCAUAGCUAUAAGUCCGACUAUGGCAUCCUCAGAGGGAGGCUUAGCCACAGCAACAACGCCUGUUAGUGUAUGUGAUGGUUCUGGUCUGCUGUUAAACUCCACCGUUACUUCUCAGUCUCUUAUUUCUGAACAGACAGAUGACACUGUUGCUAGUGUGAAUACUAUGCCAGUUCAAACAGAGGAGCCUCAAAUUGUGCACUUGCAAGGGUUCGGGGAGGUGCAGCUACCUAGGCAAAUUGAAACUUCUGGCAUUACUCAGUAUGUGCAGCAUGAAGGGGAGAUAACUGCUAUGGAGAAUGGAACUGAGGACCAGUUUAUUGAGGGACAGAUCAUUUCAGAAUCAAACAUAUUUCAAACUGAAGAUGGGAUAAUUAUAGUGCAGAACCCAGAUGGGACUACCCUCCAACUUCAGGGGGCCCAAAGCCUGCCCCUGGAGACUGUCCAGGCCUUGCUGAACAUGGACACAGAGGGACAGGCAGAGCAACCAGGGGAGAUCACUCAGCUCACAGACUUCUCAUGAGCAGGCUGUGCAUGGUUUAGUAUAUACAUGGUAGUGCCCACAGCCUGAAGACCUACAUGUAUUUUUUGCCUCAUUACAAUGUUUUCAUUUUGGGUGCUGAAACAUAUUCUGUUCCAUUUGCCAAAUCUAGUGCAGCAGGUUAAUUUCGAUCAUAUGUUGUGAUCUGUAUUUUGAAAAUAGUGUGGAAAAAAAAGAAUACUCCCUAAAUUCAUGAUGUCAUUAGUAACAGUGUAUUCACUCAGUCUUUGUAAGCUAAAACUAAGAAGCACAGAGGUACUGACUGUUGUGCCCUGUGUUUAGAACUGCAUUUAAUUCUUAAUUCAGAAAAAAACCUGCCAUUUUCCUUCCAACAAUGUUGGCAGCUGUCAAUAAGUAAUUCUUUAGUAUGGCAUAACACACAGAUCAAAUAAAUAAAUGAUUCAGAAAAAUGUUCAUAGAUCAAGAUAAAUUUACAAAGAUUCAUUACUACAUUGGCAUCAACUGCAUGUGCAUGUUAUUCCAGCAUUGAAUUCUGAUUUAAUUCUUCUACACUAAUAGUUGGGGCCAAAUAGAUAUUACACAUUCAUGUACUUGUAAUAUAUUCAGAUCACACACGGUAGUUUUGUGUUAUUAUUCCACUGUUAUUUGUAAGUCUCCCCUACUUUAUAGCGCCACAUUAAGGCUAUAGAUGGCCAAAGUGCUAGUCAAGCUGCAAUAUCUAAUCAUCUCAUUUCUUACAUUUGUAGGCUGUCGCAUGCAUCCAAUUCAAAUCUGCUCACAUAGCAAACAAAUAUUAAGGGUCAUUAAAAAAUUCAACAAGACAGAUAGGUGCAUUUCAUUUUAAGAGGCACAUGUAGUAGAAACAAAAAAUAUUUGAUACCAUCAGGUAUUUUUUAAGUUUGUUUUGCAGUCAAAAUUUAAAGUCUUCAAACUUCAUUUACUUCCUCAAGACAAAAUCUUUCCCAGUAGCUAAGUGCUAGACUGCUACAUUUGGAUUUUAAAGCCUCCUGGAUUCUGGAGCUUUGUUCCCUGCCUUCAUAUAUACGUGUUGAGGGAGUUACACAGAAAUGUGAAAGAGAAAUGUGAAAAAGUAUAUCUAAAGAACUCUUUUUUUUUCAGGGAAUUUUAUUUGAGGAGCACGUCCAGAUUUCAUCUUUUCCUCCCGUCUCUCACAUGUUAAAGUGCUGAAAAGUCUAAAGAGCAAUAGUUUUCUAUUUAGGCUGUCCAUUUGAACAAGUAUCUGGUUAACGCUAUGAUUGUGACUCAUCUGUGAGGUUUAUGGCCAAACUUAAAGUGUAUGUUCCCAUCUAGAAUAAAGCUUUCACAUAGUUCUGGAUCACCACUUCGGACAUUUUUGAUUUGCAAGGUUUUUAGAUUGUCUGUAAUUACUGCGCAAGCUAAAGAGUUAAAUAAUAUAAAACUGCAUAUUUUGGAAAGCAUGUGGUGAAUCAGAAUCCCUUUUUAUCAGAAAUCAAGUAGUAGAAAAUUUUUCUUUUCAGGCGUGAUCAUCAUUAAUUUAUGGUUCUUCUGUGGUAAAUGUUAAAAGCUAGAAAAGUACUAAGUUGUUAGUUAAAUAUCUCCUUGUACUGUCAGCUGCGAAAGGUGCAAAUGGGAAAUCUGUUUCUCUCAUGGUUAGUGAUUGUGAAGCUAGUGAACACGAUUAUUUAUGCACAGGUCUGACAGCAACCUGCGGAUGGUCGUGGGUUUCCACUGGGUUCUGUCUGGUUUCCUCCCACCAUAACGCUGGUCACUGUCGUAUAUGUGAAAUAUUCUUGAGUACGGCAUAAAACACCAAUCAAAUAAAUAAAUAAAUAAAUUUAUGCACAAAUUAUGAAAAAUGUAGAGCAAAGUGGGCUCGUCUUGUCACAUGUUUAUCAUAUAUGUUAUUUUUCACUCUUUUUAGGCAUUUUUGCAAGGGGAGGGGGUUGGGUGGUUCAUAAGGGUUUAACUCAUCAUGACAGAAGGAAUGUUUGUAUAUGUGGACAAAGAUUUAGUGAGUUCAGUAUAAACUUGACUUGGUUCACCAAGUUUUUGUUUUAUUGGAAUUGGUUAUCUGUGGAGUAGAGCUGUAUUAUACACAAAGUUUUGGUCUAGUUUGAUACUAUCUGAAUAUGACUGCGUCUCAUUCCUCUGGUUAUCCCAUGAUUUUGUUAUAGCGUUUUGUUAACACGUUUACCUGAAAACCAUGGGGGUGUAAAUUCAGUUGAUGAUGUCAUUGUUUAUC